CCACAGACAUGCAAGUCAAGGCCAAAUAUAUCCAAAAACCCUGCGUUCCAUGUUUGGCAUACUAGAAGAAGCCUCAGACAUCGAGGGCAUCCAGCUAUUUCCCCUCGAACCAGAAACCUCCAAAGCCAUGGAUCCCGUACAUCCUUUCACUCUCAUACAAGAUGACUCUGAAUAUGACGAGGAUGGAGAGACUGCAGGUAGCACACCAUUGGUCCGUGAGGGGCCUCAAUCAGUCAAAGACGACCAAAGAAAUGUAUACGAUUUCCUAUCGAAGACCUUCAAGUGGGAGCCUCUAUACGACUGGGACUGGCUGAUGCAACCUGAACGUAUGGCACAGAGUGUUGAUCCAGCAUAUCAAAAGAUAUAUGAUAAGGGAGACUAUAUGGAGCGCAUCAAAACACAGUUUCAGUACAUGCGAGAGGCAGGGAUACCUAUCCACAUCCUAAUUGGUCGACGCAAAUACGAUACGUCUAGUUGCUAUUGGGGCUGGCCAUACAAUGCUGCUGAAUGGCAGAACUGGCUGGAUCAAGACUUCGAUGCUAAUUUCGAUGAGAUCGCUCCUUUUGUUGAUAAAUUGAGUAUCGUUUACGAUAUGCGGAACCCUCUCGAUGAUAAACGGCUGAGAGAGCUCGAUAUGCUAGAGCCAUACAAAGGGCCGUCUGCCAGGUGUCCUCAAACCGUGUGUCCCUGGUCGAAUGAUGAAAUCAGCAAUUGUCCCUUCAAAAGACCGAAUCAAAGUGCCCAAAGACGGUCUAGACCACGGUUUUCACAGAAGAUGGCACACAAACGGGUACUAAGACCGCAAGCUGUCGCAAGUUCUGCUCGACUUAUCCCCAAGAUUCCGGGAUAUCCACCAACCGGAGAAAAUGCAGAUGACCAUCCUUCCGACAACGAUAAACCUGAGUGUACCGUAUUAACACCCAUCCAUCAUCUCGCACGUCAAGCAGUCUACGCACGAGAAGCAGUAGGCUGGCUAAGGUUCUGGUCGACGUAUGCCUUAUGCUUUACCCAGCUGAAAUCAUUGCAUUUUCACAUGCCUCGUUUCUUUGAUGAAGUCAUUUCCGGUCGACUGUCACGACUCCUCAACCAGAAAAAAGGCUGGGAGGUGAUUAAUUACACCAACGAAAGACAGCAUAUGCAAACAUCUGAAGAUUUGCUGCACCUACUGCCUAAAUUGCAUCAGUUAGAGUUCGAAAACAAGCAGGAGUCCAAGAUCUGGCCAGCCGGGCCUUUCUGCAGCCGAACUUGGUUCUGGGCGGGCGCGGAGGUCAGCUGGAGGCAGGAAUACACUAUCAGAGGACUUGCUUCGGCCAUGCAUGUGCCAAAUUUCUGGAGAGGAAAAUACAGGAUACUGCAUGACACGGAUUGGGUGGAAACGAAGGCCUUGGAGUACGAGGCAGUGUGCAAGGCUGUUGAUAGAGCAGAACAAGCACGCGAGAAUGAGCAGGAAGCUGAAAGUGAUGAUAUAAGACAGGAUGAUAAGGUGAAAGCCACAUAUGAUCGAAAACAAAGAGAUGAACAGUACGUGGACAUUCUUCGGAACAUUGGUCACUAUGAAUGGAGGCAACGUCUUGAAGGGGAGAUUAGAGCCUUGGAAAGACAUAUUCAAGCACGAACCCAUGAUGGCGCCGGUGGGUUAAUGGUGUCCGAGGAGGCAAGAUUUCGAAAAGAACUCAACCUCCUUGGACAAUUACAGCGAGAUCCGACGCCAAUCUUUGGGAAAUCAGGUUCAUUCCGCUGGUCCAGUUUCCUCAUAGACAAGAAUGACUUCAAGAGAGCUUUGAGAUAGGUACAAUUUCCGGAAAGGGAUCCACCAAAUGGUUCGCCAGAUUAUUCCUCAAAAUCUACACAGAUGGACAAAGUGAUAAGUGAGCGCCCCAACAGCAAUGGUAAGAUAAGGCCUGUCGAUGCUGGAG